AUGAGGCCUGCUAGUGUCCUUAUGGGAUGGGUUUGUAGAAAGGAAGGAGGCUAUGCUUUACCUGGCACUCCUUUUAAUCCAUACUUUGUGAACAUACUUAUGGCUGGCUAUGACAAGGAGAUUGGUCCUUCGCUCUACUACAUUGAUUAUAUUGCUACCCUUCACAAGGUUGACAAGGCAGCAUUUGGUUAUGGCUCCUAUUUUUCGCUCUCCAUGAUGGACAGGCACUAUCACAGCGGCAUGUCAGUGGAAGAGGCAAUUGAUUUGGUUGACAAAUGCAUAAUGGAGAUUCGUUCCAGGCUAGUUGUGGCACCACCAAACUUUGUGAUCAAGAUUGUUGAUAAAGAUGGAGCAAGGGAAUAUGCCUGGCGUGAAUCUGUUAAAGAUGUUCCAGCUUCUGCAGUCUGA